GGGCGCUGUGCCUUACAACAUUUUCGGAAUUAACGAUAUAAACCAAUGUCUUAUGGAAAUAAUAAAAAAGUAAUAAAUAUAAUUUGUGUGAUGUUUUUUCUUCCACCUGUUAUUGCAGUGUUUUGAGUUUGAAUUUUAUGAAAUUGGAGUAUCUUCGAGGGUAAUUGAGGUAUGUUUCCUACUGUUGGAGGGAAUCUAACCUCUUCUUUGUCUUCAAAAUAAAAACAUCUUUCAUAUUGAGAUACUCCCAUCAUGAGAAAAAGUAUAACUUUCGGUAAAAUCGGAUCGUCCCUCUCGACAUCCGAGUUCAACAUACCUACUAAAUCUACAUUGUCACCGCCCUCAGGUUUCGGAACAUUCGGUAAAAAAGCUGCAGAGAAAACCCCCACUGAGAUCCGCGAACUCUGCUCCGAGGACGACGAAGAAUCUGAAAAUCUGCGUAAAAUAAUGGGGAUGACGAGCUUUGGCAAGAAAGCAAAGUCUUUCGACGUCCAGGAGAUGAUGGAGAACAUAAAAAAAACAAUACGUUCCUCCGAGGCUUCGAAAUUCAGCGACUCUUCACCAAAACAUCGGGAAACGUCAAAUCCGUCUCAAGAGGAGUCUCCAAGAGAAGACAAUGACAUGAUCGGUCCAUUACCACCGCCUCCCGUCAAUUUCUCAGAGGUUGAAAAAUCCCCCAAUUCAAAAGAGAAAAAUCGUAGCUACGACACCUCGGAGGACUCGGAUGACUCCGACUCGGAUGACCUAUCCUUAGUCGAUAAAAUCCCUUGCAGCCACGAGGUAUUAAUGAGCCACGGUAUAAAAGCGAUAACAGCUGUGGCAGUAGAUCCCGCUGGUGCCCGUCUCGCUUCAGGAUCAAUCGACUACGACGUAAGCUUUUGGGAUUUUGCGGGCAUGGAUUCCUCCCUGCGUAGCUUUCGCACCCUCCAGCCCUGUGAAAAUCACCCGAUUAAGUGCCUCCAGUAUUCGACAACUGGCGAUGUAAUUCUCGUGAUAUCAGGCUCAGCACAAGCCAAAGUCCUCGAUCGCGACGGUUUCGAAAAAUGCGAGACGGUAAAGGGCGACCAGUACAUAACCGAUAUGGCGAAGACGAAAGGCCACACCGCUGGCCUGAAUUCCGGUGCCUGGCAUCCAUUCGUCAAGGAGGAAUAUAUGACCUGCUCGCAAGAUAGCACCUGCAGGCUCUGGACUUUGUUCAGACCAAAAAAGCAUAAAGAGUUGAUCAAGUGUCGAGCGCAGAAUGGAGUCAAGACAAUCCCUACAACGUGCGGUUACAGUCGAGAGGGUACAGUGGUUGCCUGUGGAUGCAUCGAUGGAAGUAUUCAGAUGUGGGAUCAUCGAAAAAACUUUGUCAAUCCCUCGUUGAUCUUGCGACAGGCACAUCAGAGUGGACUCGGUAUCUCAAGCCUCUGUUUUUCUUACAUUGGGGAUUUAUUGGCGACAAGAGCUUGCGAUGAUACUCUCAAGCUAUGGGAUCUGAGGAAGUUUAAAGAACCAGUGUAUUCAGUGGGGGAUUUAUUUUCUAGAUAUGAUACUACAGACUGCAUGUUCAGCCCCGACGACUCGAUAAUCAUCACCGGAGAAUCGUUGAAAAAGAAUCAGACACACGGACGAGUGCUCUUCUUCGAUAAGAAUACUUUUCAACUAGUGAGUGAGAUUAAGGUGACAAAUUCACAUGUUAUUAAGACACUCUGGCAUCCAAAGCUCAAUCAAAUUUUCGUGGGUUGUGGAAAUGGGAUUGUUAAGGCUUAUUAUGACUCCAAGAGAAGUCUUCGGGGUGCAAAGUUAUGUGUAGUUAAGGCACACCACAAGCAGAAUCACAUUGAGAUGAUGUCGACGCAACAGAUCAUCACGCCGCAUGCGCUGCCUCUCUUCAGACAGGACAGACCCAAGUCCGUAAGGAAGCAAAUGGAGAAGGAUCGACUGGAUCCUGUCAAGUCAAGGAGACCCGAUCUUCCGAUUACUUCGGGCCAAGGGGGAAGGGUGGUAUCCUCGGGGGGAACAUUGAGUUCUUAUGUCAUCAGGAAUCUCGGGUUAAGCAAGAGGAUUGAGGAUGAUCAGGACCCCAGAGAAGCUAUUCUCAAAUUUGCCAAGGAGGCCGAGGAGAAUCCUUACUGGAUUGCUCCCGCUUACAAGAAGACUCAGCCAACGACGAUUUUUCAGAGUGAUGAGGGGGAUAAUGGGCCUUCCACUAAAAAACCAAAAUUAUGAAGAAAUGGUGUUAUUUUGGGUAAAUUAAUAAAGAUUAGAGCUGCUGCGGUGAAAUGAAAUUUUUUACAUAUUAAAUCUAGAUUUCAACAUCUUUGUAUUAUUAGAAAUCAAUUAUAAUUAAGGCUCAUAUUCGGUAUUAUUACGUGCAGGGAUAGGCGAAAGUUUUGUUUAAUCAAAAAUAUCGAUUUUUCCACUCUAAAAUUUAUAUUUUUUCGCUAAGCAAUGAUAAAAGAAUUUCACACACACACACACGCAUUUGGUCGUCGAAGCACAUUAAAAAUAGACCUGAAACUACUGUCAUUGGUUGUUUGUUUUAAUAUGUCCUUGAAACUGGAUAAGAAUCACCAGAUAGGUUGCAGUCAUGUUGAUAAUCUGAUGAAGAUAAAUUUUUAAUUCUACUUUCGAUGUUAAGCAUUAUAUGAGAGCUUACCGAGUGGAGGAGAGUACAAUCCAACGAAAAUAUACCGCAGCAUGUGAACUUUAAUCGCUGGUGGAGCAAUUUCAACAAGAAUAUCUUUAACUGAAAGUACUAUUUUAAUCAACUAUUUAAUCAGAGGGAGUAAUAAUUAGGUCUGUUUACCGUAGAUUUUAAUCGUCGGUUCUGAAGGGAUGCUUCGAGGGCAUUCUGAACAACUAUCGUUGUAAAUUUCAUCUGCAAAUAGAUAUCAACAAUUGCUUUAAAAUCAAAUGCAUGUGCCCGAAAACAUUGUGGACUGGUAAGGUGGAAAAAAAUUACUUUAAGCAGAAAGAAUUAAAUAUCAUGAAAUACGAUUACAAACCUCUUGACUAACUCUUUUCACACUUGUCGUCAGAAUAAUAAUGGGAAAUAUCUGCAUAGCGAGAUAGGCAACCCUGUUCAUGAUCCUCAAUAUUGGAAUAAUCCUACUAUGUAACAAAAACGGAGCAAUCAAAUAGUAGGACAUCACUAGUAUAGCUACAGAUGAGACUGUGAUAACUGACAAAACGGGAAAUGAGUAGAAAUCCACGAUAUCGCAAGACAUGUGGUACAAAAUUUGAUGAAAAUUGACAAUAUCAUGUAGAUUCUGCACUCCAGAUCUGUUUGAGUCAAUCAACUGGUAGUUAUUCUUUGCAAGACUCAUAAUUCUCCAAUUGAUCAGCCGAAAUUUCGUCUCAAUCCACAUCAGCACAAAUGAAUACUGCAUUAGUAGCCAAUUGAAUAUAGCAUUUGGUACGAUCGUUAGCAUAUAAGUUGAUUUAACGAAUGAUUCGAAAAGACAGUAAUCGAGACUAAUCACACUGAUAAUGAUGAAAGUAUUCAUACUGAUGAUAACACCUACUUUGAAACACCCAAAUUUCGGAGGGCAAAUGUGUUUCAGUGUUCUGAGCAUCUUGUCAACCGUGAAAAUUUGAUUAGCAAUUUUGGCGGCUGUUUGCUGCCUCAGGCAAGCGAAAGACCAGAUAACAAUUAAAACUGUAAUCUCGAUUGUGGCUCUGGCCACGCCAAUCAUCAUUGAUAGCCCUGUAUUGUAGUCAUAUAAAGUCUUGUAUAACACCUGAAUUACUGGGAAACUUAAAAUCGAUGUGACGAUUAUUAAAAUUAAGUUGUACACUAUCCCGAAAAAUGAAAAUGAAAAUUGUUUCGGAUUAUCAGGAGAAAAGUCUAUGGAAAAAGGCAGUAGUCCAAGAAUUUUGAAAAAUAGCAGGAUUAAUAUCGCAGUGAGCCGCUUCGAGACAUGCUUACAAGGCCAGAUAUUUAUCAUUGUUUAUUAUUUAUUAAUUACGUAGGAUGAGAUAUUUCACGGGCGUGUUUUACCCAUUGCAAUGGACCGGUGGAACUAGACAAGGUGAAAAGUCGGUAGAAAAGAAUGAAUAUAACAGUUGGAGAACGGGAACGAUCAAUAGACGAUCUGAAUCUAAGGUCUGACGGGCCUAAUAGGCAGUUUUCAUAUGCGACAUUUAUAAUUCAUUGCUUUCAGUUUUUUAAUCUCUGAGAUUAUCGAUUUGAUUGCAGAUUAUUUCACUGGGAAUUUUAUUAUUCAUACGCAAGUGGUGAUAGAAUAGGUAGAAUUUUUUUUUCAUUGAAGUAUUUGAAUAAAAUGUAAAUGUGAAAUUUC